CCCAACUUUUCCUCCUCCUUUCUGCUCUGUCUCCACUCCAUCUUCCCUACUGAAAAAACAGAAAAACUAUGGCAGUUUCUGCACCACGUAAGUUGAGUCUCAUCAAACCAGACCGCCAACUAUUCGCAGCAGCCGAUGACAAUGCCUUGAUGAAGCAAGUUUUGGCCACUCAUUCCAACGAUACCUUCGAGUUGCAUGUCGCCCCUUUGCUCAGCCUUGUUGAACAAAUUUUCCUCCGAGCUAAACUCAACAUCCCCACUCUUGCUCAUGAGGGAACAACACAAGCUCAACUGGAGGCAAUUGAAGACAAUGCUCCAAACCCAACAGACUUGCUAGAUCUGCUGGACUGUGUAUCAUACACUAUCAAUAAAGUUGCCAAUGAGAUGCAGUACAAGUGUUCAGGAGGAGGAGAUCCCCAUACCGUGACAAUGGAAGUAUUCAAUUUGUUGUCAAACUGGCCAUGGGAUGCUAAAGUGGUGCUAGCCUUGGCUGCAUUUGCCAUUAACUAUGGAGAGUUUUGGCUGCUGGUUCACCUCUUCUCAACCAACUUACUCGCCAAAGACAUUGCGCUGCUCAAAAAACUCCCUGAAAUCUUCGAGAGGGUCGACCUUGUGAGGCAAAAAUUUGAAGCACUCGACAAACUGAUCAAGGCACUCGUUGCCGUGGCCAAGUGCAUUGUUGAGUUCAAGAUGCUUCCUUCCCACUACAUCAAUUCAGAAACACCUGAAUUGAAGAGCGCAACCACUCUCAUCCCAACUGCUAUUUAUUGGACAAUCAGAAGCAUUGUUGCCUGCACUGCACAGAUUACGGGCAUCAUCGGAGUCGGCCAUGAGCACUUAGCAUUGGCAUCUGAGACGUGGGAGCUGUCAAGUCUGGCCCAUAAGAUUGACAACAUUCACAAACACCUCGAACAACUGCUUCUUGCUUGUCGGCAUUACAUAAAUGAGAGGAUCCAUCACGAAAUGUAUAUGAAUCUGGUCCGCCUUUUCGAGGUACCCCACCUUGACAACAACAAGAUCCUCAGGGCUUUGAUUUACUCCAAGGAUGAUAAGCUGCCCCUCAUUGAUGGUUACACCAAGGAAAAGGCCUCCCUUGAUGUGCUGAGAAAGAAAAAUGUGCUGCUGCUGAUCUCUAACCUGGAGCUAUCGGCAGUGGAGCUGUCAAUGCUGGACCAAAUCUACAGGGAAUCGAGGCAGAACAAAGGGAGAGCAGAGAGCGAUUACGAGGUGGUGUGGCUGCCAAUCGUGGACGACCCAUGGAAUGACGAGAAACAGAGCAAAUUCGAAGAGUUGUUGGCGCUGAUGCCAUGGUACUUGGUGGCGCACCCUUCGCUGAUCGAACCGGCGGUCAUCAAGUACAUAAGAGAAGUGUGGCACUUCAACAAGAAGCCUCUGUUGGUGGUUUUAGACCCACAGGGCAAAGUGGUGAACACCAACGCCGUCCACAUGCUCUGGAUUUGGGGAAGCCUGGCCUACCCCUUCACCAGCGCUCGAGAAGAAGCACUUUGGAGAGAAGAGUCGUGGAGACUUGAGCUCUUAGUCGACUCAGUGGAGCCCCUCAUCUUUGCCUGGAUGGAAGCUGGGAAACACAUAUGCAUUUGCGGAGGGGAAGAUUUGGGAUGGAUAAGAAACUUCAGCAAAAGGGCAAAAGAAGUAGCGAAGGACGCGGGGAUAGAAUUGGAGAUACUUUACGUGGGGAAGAGCAACCCGGGAGAGAAAAUAAGGAAGAACAUAGCCGCAAUCGUAGCAGAGAAAUUGAUCCACACGCUGGCAGAUCCGACCCUGGUUUGGUUCUUCUGGGUGAGGCUGGAGAGCAUGUGGUACUCAAAGACCCAGAGAGGGAACACCAUUGAAGAGGAUCCCAUAAUGCAGGAGACGAUGACGAUGCUGAGCUUCGACAGCGGGGAUCAGGGCUGGGCCCUCUUCUGCUUGGGGUCAACCAACAUGAUCCGGGCCAAAGCGGAGACGAUGAUGAAUGUGGUGAAUGGGUAUGAAGAUCGGUGGGAGAAAAAUGCCAAGGACCAAGGGUUCAUGCCUGCCAUGAGUCGGGACCUCCGAGACUUGCACACUCCCGAACAUUGCAACAGACUCAUUCUGCCUUCCUCCAACGGAACCAUUCCUGAGAAGGUGGUCUGUUCUGAAUGUGGCAAUGCCAUGGAGAAGUUCAUCAUGUAUCGCUGCUGCAACGACUGAUCGUUCCACUUUCUCACUUCUAAUUACUAUACUAAACUAUAAUAUAGCAAAAUGGUACGGUGUUUGUGCCAUGUGCCUUGCAGUGUGUUGUUCUUGAGUGAAAUCAAAAGGAUUCCAUUCCAUGGAUGCAUGGAUGUGAAGGUUUGCUUUUCAAA